CUGGUUUUGGCUUCAUGUUGCUAUGGAGAGCUGUGGCAAUGUGUGCGACUGGCUACUUUGUGGAGAGUGGCCAGAUCCUGGACCAGGUUUGUGCCAAGAACCAAGUUCGAGUUGUAGCCGCAAAGAUUUUCUGGAAAGCCUUGGUUCUAUUUUGCCUCUCGAAGAGCAAGAACAACCUUGGUUCUAUUUUGCGGGUGAUUCCACAGGCCGCCAGCUGUGGGCUGCUUUUCUGAAGGACGUGGCGAAGAUCAACCUUGGCAACUUUGUGCAGGUCAAGACACGAGUCUCAAACUGCCCCAAAACCCCACCACCGGACAAGCGUUUGCAGAGAUUUGUCAAUGCAAACGCAAGGCAAGUAGAUCUGCAACCAAACUGGACAUCGGCAGGGGAUCGGAUUUGUGAUUGGAAUGUAAGCUUUGGCCAAAGAUCGGUGCGUGUCACCUAUGACUGGCGCCGCUUCAUCAGCGACUCCACCAAUGAUUUACAUGUGUUGGAAGAGGUGGCAAAAGCAGGAAGAUGGCCUACAGCCUGGGUGGUGAUUUCUGGUGUGCAUGAUUGCUAUUAUCUCCGACGGAACUUAGCGUUUCAAGCUUCCUCCACGAAGGGCUUCUUUAGUUUCUUGGAGCAGCACCCUAUCUUGAAGAGUCGUACGAUUAUCGUGGGCAUGGAGUACAUGGUGGACAAGGAUGAGCACCCAAAGAAAAAAACGCAGAAAGUACAGGUCUUCUCGUGGUCCAAAAUCCUUGUACAACUGUUCGCGGAGACUUCACAAUAUGAUGCUAGAAGGGGCCCGAGAACAUGCAGUGUAUAUGAUUCCACGUUGGGGACUUACACGGAGCUACGCGGAUAAAGAAGUAGUCAACAGUGUGCAUUAUCCGGAAUCAGUCAUUCUAAAUGAGUUGCCAUCACUACUGACUGGUCUUUCUUGCAUUGCCAAAGGCAGGCAACAUGGUCAAAGCCAAAGCAUCUUGCCCUUGAUCACGGCACCGUUCUACACCGGUCCGCUGCUUCUCCUUUACUUCCUCAUGACGGUCGCAGCAGCAGUUUGUGCGCUGCUCGUCGUGCAUCGCGGGAGGAGAUCCUGGCGGGAAAGAGCUCUACCAGAGGGUCCAGCCACUCUUGGUGCGCGAGGGCGACAGCACGACGCUCAAGAGGCCAAGUGCACUGAACAGGAAGACGACUGAGUUUUCGGUCAUAGCACUUGGCGCCGUACUAAGCAGGGUUUUUCUGUGGUCUUGUUCCCAGGUUCUUUCUGAUCGGUCAGUAGCCACGUUUCACGUCCUGAGACAACCAGCCGGACCCACGGGCCGGCAUGGACCGACGGGACCGAGCGCUGGAGAUUUCAGCAGAGCCUUAAAAAUUAAGGCGAGGAAGAACCACGACUCUGGCGGUGAA